UUGGUUUGAUGUGUAACGUGUAGCGCCCCCUCGGGUUGCCACGUGCAUUUUCUCUGAUUGCCCAGGGUGGUCUCUCUGGGGUAACUUUCCAAUUAAACGUUAACGUUACACAGGUAUCACAACAAUGAUAUAUUUGUUCGGAUUUUCAGGCUGUUUUGUAUUUAUUGGUUUGUGUAAACCUAAUAACAGCCAUUUCUCACAGGAUUGGGAGGAACUAGCCAACACACAACGCAGACUGUUUACAAUUAAGCUAACAGUUAGCUAGCUACCUCAUUUUAUGACGUGACUAUGGGUUUUAUAAUCGUCUUUUACAACGAAGGUAUACAAAUAACUUUAGAUCAAUUUUCUGUAUUAACAAUGCAAUGGCGCAGUCGCUGGCUCUCCUCUUGAUUCGCCGCUAAUCCACUGUCUGUGUGCGCGAGGAAGGCCAGGGGUGGGAACGGAACACUCUGAACUGCACAUUUGUGUUUCUCAAGUUGGCUGUCUGACCCCCCAUCUACCCCCUUCCUUCAUUUGUAAGGGCUGACCAGGUGGUAGCGUAAGAGAUGGAUGGGGAGUCGGAGCCCAGGCCCUCUCUGGAGGAGGAGCCCAUGGAAGCCACUCCCUCCUCAGAGCAGACCACACCCCUCGAUGGAGCCCAGGAAACGGUUGCCACAGCAACAGGGGAAAUCCCCCGGGCCGUGUCGGACAACGAUGACGACGUUGUGCUGGUGGAGGAGGCCCCUGCCUCUCCCGUGGCCACGCCCACGCCAUCUGAUGCCCCCGUCCUUGUAAUCGCAGACUCCACUCAGCCCGCUUCCACGAGAACAGAUGCCAUGGAAACCACCACAGCGACAGCGGCUUCACCCAACCCCUCUAAUGCAGCCCCCAAGGCCCCCACAGAGCCCAUUGUUAUUGAUGACGAGGAGGACCCUGGGCACAGAGACUCGUCCGCCUCAGUAGAGCCCACCCCGGCAGGCCUGGCGGAGGGAGGUACUGCAGGCCUCCUCAGCAGCACAGAGCCAGACUCUGAGAUCAAGAUCGCCAGCGUCACCACGCUGGGGCCCACCCCCGCCGAGGGAAGCGUAACCACGGCGCCAGCCCCCGAGGCAGAGGGGGACAUGAACCUGAGGAUCACCAGCGUGACGUCGCUACAGGCCGGGGGAGAAGGGCUGGAGAACGGCCUGCAGAUAAGCAGCACCUUCAGCCUGAGCACCGAGGGAGCCGGGGCACGCAGUCCUGCCUCCUUCAACCCCGGCCGCGCUGGCACUGCCAACCAGCCCGUACAGAACGGAGAGACUGGAACGCACCAGAGACCUGAUUCCUGGAUCUCCCAGUCCGCCACGUUUCCACGGAACCAGAAACAGACGGGUGUGGACUCCGCCUCCCCGGCCGCCUCGCUGCCCAAGCCUCCCGGCCCCGCCCCCUCAGGCUCACAGCCCCGCGUCGUCAAGGUAACCUGCGCCAACUGCAAGAAGCCUCUGAGGAAAGGCCAGACGGCCUACCAGCGCAAAGGCUCCACCCACCUGUUCUGCUCCACCACCUGCCUCUCUGCCUUCUCACACAAGCCCGCCCCCAAGAAGAGCUGCACCAUGUGCAAGAAAGACAUCACCACCAUGAAGGGCACCAUCGUGGCCCAGGUGGACUCCAGUGAGUCCUUCCAGGAGUUCUGCAGUACCGGUUGCCUGGGGGCCUAUGAGAACAAGCAGAACCCACCCAAGUCUGCCAUCAAAACAAAGUGCACCGUCUGUGGCAAGCUUACUGAGAUCCGUCAUGAGGUGAGCUUCAAGAACGUCACGCACAAGAUCUGCAGCGACUCCUGCUUCAACCGCUACCGCAUGGCCAACGGGCUCAUCAUGAACUGCUGCGAGCAGUGUGGCGACUACCUGCCCAGCCGCGCUUCCGCAAACCACUUCCUGCUGGUCGACGGACAGAACAAGCGCUUCUGCUGCCAGAACUGUGUCAAGGACUUCAAGCAGGCUCACGGUAAGCUGGCCAGCUGUAGCAGCUGCAAGACCAUAAUCAAGACCGGGGAGGUGACCCAGGGCCUCGGCCCCAGUGGCUCCAUGGAGACCUACUGCUCCUCUGCCUGCAUGAACAAGUCCAAGGUGGCCCCCGUCACCACCAUCCUCAGUGAGUCUGCGGCUGGGGUCCCACUCAGCACCCACCUCAGUGGAAAUGACUCGGAGCCCACGUGUCACUUCUGUAAGAGGAGCUCGUUGCCCCAGUACCAGGCCACGCUGCCGGAGGGGAACGUCCUCAGCUUCUGCAGCUCUCAAUGUGUCACCAAGUUCCAGAACGCAACCAUUCAGACGGCCACUAACGGACAGGCCCUCCUCUCGACCACCAACAGCAUCCAGCUCAAGUGUAACUACUGUCGUGGGUCCUUCAGCCUGAAGCCAGAGACCCUGGAGUGGGAGGACAAGGUGUACCAGUUCUGCAGCAAGGUGUGCUGUGAGGACUACAAGAAGCUGCACUGCAUUGUCACCUUCUGCCACCACUGCCAGGAGGAGAAGACCCUGCACGAAACGGUCCAGUUCUCCGGGGUCAAAAGACCCUUCUGCAGCGAGGGCUGCAAGCUGCUGUUCAAGCAGGAGUUCACCAAGCGUCUGGGCCUGAAGUGUGUGUCCUGUAACCACUGCAGCCAGCUGUGUAAGAGGGGCAUCACACGCCAGCUGGGGGGGGUCACCAGGGACUUCUGCAGUGAGGCGUGUGCCAAGAAGUUCCAUGACUGGUACCACAAGGCGGCGCGCUGCGACUGCUGCAAGGUGCAGGGGAACCUGACGGAGGCAGUCCAGUGGCGGGCGGAGAUGAAGCACUUCUGUGACCAGCACUGUCUCCUGAGGUUCUACUGCCAGCAGAACCAGCCCAUCCUGGUAACCCAGAAGGGCCCGGAAAACACCAGCCUGGAGAUCGGCAUUCAAACACAAGGAACCAAACUGGCGAUGCUGAACCAGGCUCCGGUGUCGUACGCGGCGGGCGGGGGCAUGCUGAAGGAUGUGAAGAACAAGGCUGUCCUCUGCAAGCCUCUCACCCUCACCAAGGCCACCUACUGCAAGCCUCACAUGCAGAGUAAACACCUGCAGACAGAUGCAGACGAUGGCGUUAAGAGGGAGUACAUUCCGGUGCCCAUCCCUGUGCCUGUCUUCAUCCCCGUUCCCAUGAACCUCUACGCCCAGCUCACCCCCACGCCUGUCACGCUCCCUGUUCCGGUGCCUGUGCCUAUCUUCCUGCCCACCACGCUGGCUGGUGUGGAGCAGAUUAUCCAGACCAUCUCAGAGCUGAAGGACGAGGUGCCCUCUGACCCCUGCGAGGCAGACCUCCUCGCCAUGGCCCAUGUGAUAGCAGAAGACCAGAAGCCAGCUACAGGAAGUGGUUCUCCUCAGCUUCCCGUUGUCCCUCCAUGCUCUCAAGAUGUCAAGUGUGUGAAGGUGAAGAAUGAGAAAGGAGGAGGAGGAGAAGAAGGAAAGAAAGAAGGCUCCAACAGCAGCAGCUGUGAGCAGGAGGAGGAGGAGGAGCAGGAGGAGGAGGAACAGGAGGAGCAGCAGCAGGAGGAGGAGAAGUAUGAACCGGACCUGGACCUGGAGAAGGACUUCCCUCUAGCGUCGGGACAGCAGGCCGUGCAGGACGGCGUGAAGGAGGAGAAGGGUCCCAGUGUUCCAGCUGAAAAGGAGACCCCCGGACCCCGCCCUCGGACACGGGGACUGAAGAGGCGUGCGGUCGAGGCCGAGGCGUCGACGCGGUCCCCGCUCCCUCCAGGCGGCUCGCCGGCAUCGUGCUGCUCGCUGCCCCUGAAGGCGCGCUACGGCCUCAAUGCCUGGAUGCGUUGGGCGCUGGCCUCCAAGGAACCAUCUGCCAACGGCAACGGGAAGGACAACCCCAAACGAGCGCUGGCCCGGUCCAGUCUAUUCUCCCUGAGCGUCCCGGAGCUCAACCAGGCCCUGGCCCGCUUCGUCAGCGAGGUGCGCCGCCCCAACGGAGAGUGCUACGCCCCCGACAGCCUCCUCUACCUCUGCCUCGGUCUCCAGCAGCACCUUCAGAACCGCGGGAGGAAGGAUGACCUGUUCAGUGACCCCGGCUACCAGAGCUUUGGAGAGGAGCUCAACAAGGUCCUGAAGGCCUGGAAGCCCAGUAUACUGCCUGAUGGCUCCCGCUGGAGCCGUGUGGAGGAGCAGAGCUUGUGGAGCUGCAAGGUGUUGGGGGAGCACAGCCCCCCAGCCCUGCUGCGCUCCCUGGUCUACCUCAACACCAAGUACCUGGGCCUGCACACCCCUGAGGAGCACCUGCGGCUGUCCUUCAGCAGCCUGUACGCCCCAGACCACACCGACCCCACCACACAGCAGACCUCGGUCUGCAUCCGGACUCCCUCCAGAGCCCGGGAGCAGAGCCUACAAGCAGCGUCCAAGAAGAGGAAGAGAGGAGACGAGGGCGGAGCCCCAGAGAACGACCCGGACGACGCCUCGGGAAGCCCCGCCCACUGUCCCCUCAGGAAGGAAGAGUGUCAGCUAUAUGAGCUCUACCGCUCCAAGUGCCCGGAGUCUCUGAGGUCCAGUUCUGAUUUGUUCUACGUUCUACCAGAGGAGCCCUUCAGCCCGGACCGCCCCCUCUGGUUCAGCUCCGCCCCGCUGGGGCGCCGAGCCCUGGAGCUCCUACUCCCCCGUGUGCUCUUGGUGAAGGAGGUCAGCAGAGAGACACGCCCCCCGGAGGAGGAAAGAGGGGGGGGGGAGGAGUAAGCUGUGUUCUCCAUCCCCGAUUCCAUCCUCCUCGUUUUGUCUCCCUCUCACCACCCAGUCUCCAUGGCAACAUCACCUCCCCGUCUCCAUAGCGACAUCCUUGCCCCCCCUCCCAACCAAACUGAUCUCAGGCCAGCUGUGAAGCCCGCAGCACGUGGAGGCUGGAGGGGCGAGGGAGGACAGGAGCUCAGAAGGGACAAACGGAGCUCCUUAGAACUCAACGAGGAUGAGCUGUUCUGAAUUACAGGGAUGACGAGGAAGCACCAUGGGGGGGAAACGGACACUAUCAACUGCUGCUUUUCAGCCCAUAGGACAGACUGGUGUGAACGUUAUGUAGCAUUAAUUGCAAGGCCCAGACCGGGCUUGUUUGAGGUGUACAUAGUUAUGGAAAUAUAGGACGUGAGGUGGAGCAGAGGUGACCUGUGGACCUCCGUGUCCACCUCAGUGUUGAGCCAUGAAGCCUUUUAAUAGAUGAUAUUUAUUUAUUGCGGUUGAUUGGUCUUGGUUCAAGUGUACCUUCUUUUGGGUUCUGGAUUGUGUGUGUGUGUGUGCGCGCGUGCGUGUUGGAAAUGUACCGUGUGUGCCAUUUUUUUCUUCCCUUCGUUCAUAGCAUUAAACCGCGCUGCAACCCUG